AUGACCAAGCAAAGCAGCUCAUCCAGACCUCCGCCAUCACUGACAGGAGACCAUGCAUGUUCAAUUACCAAACAGAGCACCUCAAAAUCAAAUCAUCCGUGUUGGCAGGCGUUUGGCCAGGCCGCCUGGAGAGUGGUAUACAAUUGUCGUCUGACAGCUGCAAUUCAGACAACAAUGGCACUGCUCGUGGCCUCCGAUGUCCUGUUCGUGCAGGGAGGGAGUUUACCGGAACAUGGAUUCGCUUUCAAUUGUAACCUUCUCGGGUCUCCUGGAGGCACUCUACUUCAAGCUUCUCCCAUUCAACGUCAGCUAUGCCCUCCAGGAUGGCAUCAGCAGCAGCCCUCUCGCUCAUACUCAGUGGCUAUCUCGGCAUCGCAGUUGGAUCGUUCAUCGUCGAUAACUUCUCCAGGCUUCCUAGAGGACUCCUUAUCCUACAAUGGCACCUGCCUGCCUAUUGGUCUUCCUGUGUCCUAG